AUGAGGUGCAUAGUUGAUGAGCAUCAAACCAAUUCUUCAAAGCUGGAAGUGGAUUCGACCGCCAACACGUCAAAACGUGCACAUGCACGGGAGCCUGUUGAUCCCGAAAAAGAUGAUGGUAAGAAUAGCCCCAUUCCUGUGGUGAUUUCCAACCCUAAAGUGCUUGAUUGCUACAUUUGUUUUCAACCCUUAACCAUUCCCGUCUUUCAGUGUGAUAAUGGUCAUAUUGCUUGCUCUACCUGCUAUCCUAAACUUAGGAACACGUGUCCCAAGUGCUCAUUGCGCAUUAGCUCAAAACGUUGUAAAGCCAUUGAGAAUCUAUUGCUAUCUAUUGAAUUGUCAUGUUCGAAUGCAAAAUACGGUUGCAGAGAGAAAAUAAGUUACAUUGGAAAGAUGAACCAUGAAGAACAAUGCAUCCAUGAGCCGUGUUACUGCCCUCUGCCAGAUUGUGACUUUGUUGCAUCAUCAGAAGUGUUGUCUAAGCAUUUCAGCCAUAAACACGGGGAUUCUCAGACCAAGUUUUCUUAUGGUCUGUCCGUUAUUGUCUCCUUGAAGUCUAAUGAUGAAACUAUUGUUCUUCAAGAGAAUAAUGUUGGCAAACUAUUUAUUCUCAAUAAUAGUACUAUGCUUUUUGGAAAUGCAAUCAAUAUUUGUUGCAUUAGUCCAAAGUCUUCUCAGUACGAGUGUGGUUAUGAUAUAUUGGCUAGAUCUCAAGCAUGCAAACCGAAAUUUCAGUCGUUUGCGAAGAAUGUGCAACGGUUUACUUUAUCAACUCUUUCAUUAGAGUUCCUUGUGAUUCCAUUUGGUUCUUCUGAACCUCUCGAGCUAGAAAUUUGCAUAUCCCCCAUGAUGCUAAUAUACAUAUUGACCCUCACUAGAAAGAGGAUCCCACUGAGGAUUAAGAGUUCAGACACGAUAGCCGAUGUGAAGGAGAAGAUUCUUGACAAUGAAGGGAUCCCAAUGCAUAUGCAACGUCUGAUCUUUGCCGGUAAGGAACUAGAUAAUAGCCUGACCCUUGCCAAUUACCACAUCCAAGAGAAGUCAACCCUCAAAUUCGUCCUCCGCAUCAUGGGGGAUUAG